GACGACACGGAGGCACCCCCCCCCCUCCCGUUCCGCCCAGCCAGCCCUCGCUGCCGCUCGGCUCCCGCCGUCUCCCCACUCGGGUGUUUCCGCCGCCGGCGGCCGCAGCGCUUCGGUCCCGCUCGGCUCUUUCCGCCGCGGCGGGCUGCCGCGUUCGGCUCCACUCCGCACCGCGCUGCCCAUGUCGGACGUGCCGGCCGCCGCCGCCCGCUCCCGCUCCGAGCCCCCGGCCGCCGCGGCGCCGGGCGGCCCCGCGCCCCGGCUCCCCUCAGAAAAUGGAGAAGACUCGUCCCACAAGACAGAGCCUGCAGAUCAGCCGGUUGAUUCUUUGGAGUCCAGUACUUUGCAGAGCGGGUUGCAGGUUGGAUUGCUCGAGAAUGCGGUCACAACAGAGGAUUCAAAGGCAGAAGCUGGAACUUUGGAGGACCAGAAAGUGGCUGAAGUAGAAGAGAAGCUGCCUGACCAAAUCCAGUCCCUCAAAGAGGAAGCUGUUAGGAUAACCAACUACCAUGUGCCUCAAGGAGCAGGGGAUAUAGUCAUGAUUCAGUCAGACCACACGGGUGCUGUGGAUAUCCUUUCAGCUGAGCUGGAGACUGCAGAUCUCCUUGGGGAGCAGAGGAAAGCUCAGCCUCCCCCUCUGGCUCCACCCACCAUGUGGACCACUGAGAAGACAAAAGAAUUCAAGGCCAAGAUGGGGAAGGAGAAGAACUGCCAGAUGGUGGUGAAGCGAGGCGAGGUGGUGACAGUCCGCGUGCCAACCCAUCCUGAUGGGAGAUGCAUUUGCUGGGAGUUUGCUACAGAUGACUACGACAUUGGGUUUGGAGUGUAUUUUGACUGGACCACAGUUACCAGCACUGCCAUUACUGUUCAGGUCAGCGAAUCUAGUGAUGAGGAGGAUGAAGAGGAGGAGGAAGAAAUUGAAGGACUCGCCCCUGUUGGUGAUGUGGAAAGGGGCUCCAAAAGCUAUCUGCGGAACCGCUACGGGGAGAUCAUGCCUGUGUACCGGAGGAACAGCCACCGAGAGGUACAGGCCGGCAGCCACGAGUACCCGGGCGAGGGCAUCUACCUGCUCAAGUUUGAUAACUCCUACUCUCUGCUCCGCAACAAGACUCUGUUCUUUCAUGUCUAUUACACCAGCUGAAGGACGGGGAAGGGGCAGGGAUGGCAGGCAGGUAACGGUGAGUGUAGCAGGCUGCCACCCAGCUCUGGUACCGCCCCACGGGCACUGCUGUGUGACAGAACCAAGGCACAAUUCUGCCGGCUCCUCUUCAGACACUGACUGGUUUCUCCCCACACUCUCCUUCCCUGCUGUCCCAGUGCAGGAAGGUAGUUGUGUCUGCCUGUUUGUCCACAGGCAGCUGCUCUUUCAGUAGAACUUUGGGAGGUGUGCUCUGUGCAGGCACCGGGCCGUGCCACAGCCGGGAGAUGCCCAGAGGACAGGCUCAGGUGCGUGCGGUUUCCAGCUGCUGCGCUGGUACAAAAUGAGGUGAAAAGAUUGAUCUGUUAAUAUUUUGCGAAUAACAUUUCCAAUUCUCCUGCUGCAUCUGCAUCACUAGAGGGCAGCUAUCAGCUGAAGUGAUCCAAAAGCACAGCUGGCUUGUCACCCAACCCACUCCAUGCAGACAGUGCUUCCUUCACUCCAGGGGGAGAGGGUGCUGCUGGCCAGCAGCAGCCUGUGCUGCCAUGCUACAACAGGCAAGCAAAUGGCAGGCAUGGCAUGUGUUUGAACGGGGGGUGGGGGAAGGAUGCACACCUAGAAGUCUGUAAGAUAGUUUUUCUACCCAGUGACAAUUGGUUGUCAUACCUGUUGAUUGUAGGGAUACGAAGAUGAAUAAAACUUCAAUGCCCACCAAAAGUUGUUUUCUGCAAUUUAGAUGUGAAGCAGGAGGCAUUACUGCUGUGCUGAAUAAAUACAAGAAGUCUGGAGUACAACCAAUAAAUAUACGAGAAAUGUUUCUUAGUAGCAGCAUGUUGGUUCCCUGGUAUUGCUGCCAGAUGGAUAAUACAGUACAUAGUAAGGGAAAGGCUCCCCAGAGAUGUAUAGCUUGCCAGCUGCCAUCACUGUUGCAAAGGGAUUAUUAGAAAAGAACAUCUCUGCUCAGAAACUCAAAAGGUGAGGGAUUUAACCAACCCUGUCUGUGCACCAGGAGCAGCAAGGCCAUUGGUGACCUUGGAGCUCCUUGGCAUGUUUUAGUGGCUAGCAGUGGCAUUAGUGAUCAGCUUCAGCCCAAGUACUGGCAGAAUUGAACAAGGAUUAAGUUAAUCCUUCAGAGGUGAUUUUUAAAUCAUGUUUAUCUGUAACUGUUGUUUAUUUUAGUACUUUUAACUUGAAAUCAUUCUCUUUUCUAAGAAUACUCCUGUAUUUACAUUUUGAUACUUCUUUGCGAACACACAAAAUGACUACAUGGUGAUUCUAGUAGCAUUCUGAGUUUUAUGUUUAAAUCCUGCAGGUAAAGCACCUCUACUUGGUCUGUUCCUUCUGUUGAGAGGGAAUGAUGGACACGAUUAUUUUGGGGUAGUUAAAGCCAAAGAUUUCACUUCCAUAGGAGGCUUGUGUAUUUCCUGUUAAGGCUCUAUUGUCAUGCUUUGCAGUUUGCUCUUCUUUUAACUAUCUCUGCUUAUUUAUUCACUGCCCCAGAGCACUUAGUAGGUCAAAAUGGUAAGAGAGAGAGAGAGAGCAGUCAGUCUACAGCAGGAUAGUCCAAGCUGGGAGGAGGAGUGGAAAAGCAAAGAACACUGACUGCAGCACAGUGGCUUUCUGGGUGAGCAGGCAGGGAGCAGAGCUGGUCAGGGUAAGGAGCAGAGUUGUUGCUGCUUUGGGCCCUAAGAUAGGGAGAAAACAACAUGCUUUCUCAGAGAGAAAGCAGAGCGUGCACCUGGACAGUGAGGGGUUGCAAAGCUGCCUUAUUCAAGCAGGGGCAACCACAGGACAACCUUGUAGGGAGACAGAACAGGAAGGCUUAAUAUCUGUCAGAGUAAGAUGAUUUUUCUUUGAGCAGCUUGGCAAGGACUGUUCCUUCCUUUGUCUCUCUUGGAGAAGAUGAACGACCAUCCUGUGGUCUUUGUACAGCAUUUGAAUCAGGCUUGAGCAACUUGGGUAAGGUGUCUCUCUUUUUUUUCCAUCCCACCCUUUGUAUAUCAGGUUCCUAGAUACUAAACAGAAGAUAGAAAAGACCCUUCAGUCUGACCGUGCUGUUGGCACUGCCCCACUCAAUGGCUGCCUUCAGUCCUUUGCUGUGAGAUCUGCAGAACCCCAUGUGCGCUUUCUGGUUAAACCCUAUGUGCCGCUAUCUGGCAUCUGCUUCACUCUCUAAUCAAGAUUUGUUUACAGUGAAGGAAUCUCUGACCUGUAUACACAUCAGAUAUUCCAGAGUUCCUGGUCCUCAGUUGCACGGCUAUUGCAGACUAAUGGAUUAUCUCCACAAAAAACUUGUUUCUCUAUUGCUAACUCGCAGCUACUUCCCCUUCCUGUCUGUCUGUUGCUCAUAUUAAGGUUUGAAAUAAUUUUUUCAUGUUGUAAGUUAAUAAGGGCUGCCUCACAACCAAGUGCAAUCACUUUCUGACACCUAAGUAUUUCAAGAUAAGUUGCACUGUAGAUUGUUAAUCCUAUUGCUCUAUUUUAGCUUUCUGAAGUGUGGGGCAGCUUUUAAUAAGGCCCAGGUUGCUUGUUGGGAACUAUGCCCACCUCCUGGUCUCACUGAGUUAUGCCUCACAGCAGCACUGAACAUGGGAUGUCAUCCCAAUCAGUGUGGGCCUGCUCUGCCAACGCAGCGUGCCCGCAGACAGGCCCGCUGCUGUGCAACCAAAAGCACUCCCUGGGUGCCAUUUCACUGCCUGCGUUUCCCAGAAGUAUCUGGUGUCUCUUAGGAACACAAGAUAGUUAGGCACAGACUAUUUCAUCUGCAGGAAACAGAAGCUUCACAAUUGUACAAGAUAAUUCCUCCUUUUGCCUAUUUUUAAUUUCCACAUUACAUGAGUAUGUUGUUUCUCAGGUAUUCAGACAGCAUUGAUUACUCAAGUGACAACUUCUCUUUGGAAGGAUAAAUAGUCUUAAUUAAUUUUCUGAUAAAUGCAAUAGCUUAGCUAUGUGAGUAGUGAUUAACAGUAGCCAUUCCUAUUCAUAAUUGAACCCAUAGCUGGUUCAGAGAAGUAAUCUUACUUCUCGUGUGUCCUUUUUUCAGUUUGGCCUGUCUCCUGGAUUUGUACCAAUGCUGCUAUUUGGCUGAGGUAGUGAUGGAAGCUCUCAUUAUUUUAAUUGGGGACCUUUGAAAUUAGACCUUAGGUCUAGAAAGAAAAAGGAAUUAAAAAGGCUGUGCAUGGCAGAGGGAAAUCAAUCCCCAAGAAAGGAAUAUUCCUUCUUUAUUUACAUGGAUUUAUUUAUUCCUCUCCCUGUAAAUUUUGCCUAGGAAUUAAAAAGCUAAAUCAAGGAAGAAACUUCUUUUGUGUUUUGCGUUUGCUUUGUGAAAGCACAAAAUUGUUUUCCAUUUUGUUUUUAAUAUAAUUUAGAUCUACAAAUAAGAUCUACAUGUUCAGCCAGAAAUAUAAGACAGUCCUGUAGUUCAGGACUUGCAUAAAAAUGAGCUUGUCUAAUUAUUUAUUUAUCAUAAUGGUGACAAUCUGUUGGGCAUUUUUUUUAUGUCAGAAGUCGCCAUAAGCUCUCCAUUUCUCUUUUCUUCCCUUUAGGUGUAACGUAGCAGCAUUUAAAACGUGUUUUAUGAAGACAGAGUUAAAAUUACUUAAAUCAGGGACCACUUGGACUGAUCUGAUUUGCUCACUAACUCUUUGAAGGCCCAUAGUGCAGAUUCUUGUGGAAGGUUAUUGGUGCCACUUGCAAAUUAAUGUUUAGGCCCUUUUUAACAGUUAUGUAGCUUAUUCUUGAUAAUGAACCAUUAACAUGAACAGGUAAGAUGAAAAUGCAUAAGAGAAAAAGCUUAGUUGCCUGGUUUCAGGUGCGAAGGAGAAAGUUGAGUUACUAUGCAACUGAGUCUCCAAGACAGCCACAUGCCUUUCUUUGUGGCUCUCCCCUGUGUGCUCGUCUCCUCUCAGCCGUGUGCGUGCAUAGUCUUUAUCAACACCCACCGUGGGUCACCUGUGGUGGUGCUGGAUGUAGCAGGGUGGAUUAGAGGUCAGCCUUGUCACAUAUGUAGUUGCUGAAAGGCCUCCUCAUUCUUGUGAGGAAGUAAGGUAGAGAAUGAAUCCCUAAAUGAGUUCACUUUUAUCCCUACUUAUACUCAUCCUUCUUGUCCCACUACACCAACUAAAGCCACCCUACAGAGGAUUUAUCACAAGGUGCCUUUAGGAACAUGGAACAUGUCUGAAAUAAAAGCCACAGAUGUGACUAAUCCAAGGGAUUUUUUUCUCCUUGUUUCUCUGCCCAUUUGGCUAGAGGGGAGGCACUUCCUAAGGUCAGGCAGGACAGCCCCUAUGGGCUGCUCCUGGAGAUUUAAGCUGUUCAUCAGACUGCCUUGUUGCUGUAAGAUGAGUAGAAGCGUGUUGGAGUUUCCUGGUGCCAUAAGAUCCUUGCCUUUUAAAAUCAUAUGCUGAUAUUGAGGAACACCAGAAGACUACUCCUUUUGAUAUGCUGGUGCUAAACCUGAGGACCAGGGAAACACCAGAUAAGACACAGAAGAGCAUUCUUUGUGGCCAUUCAUUAUUUUCUCUAAAAAGUGUCUGAAUCCAGUGUUGUGAAUGGUGUUCUCAGGUGUAUUGAGGCUGGGUAAGGGACCAAAGCAACAAAGGUUUUUUUAGAUCUACGUGUGUGAAAGAAAAGUUUGUUUCUCCUUCCCUCAUAUCUGAGAAAAUAUUGGAUGUAACAAUGUAAUGUAAAUAUAGCAGAACAUCUCUACUGCUAGAAUGAAGGAUGGGGAACUGAUCAUGUUAAAUACAUGGUCUAAUUAGACUGUGAAAGAAGCCAGGAGAUUAACAGGAGUCAAAGUGCUAAGUAAUUUAGUAAGUAAGUUGACUUGCAGUAAAGUCAGAAGGUUAGAAGGUAAAGUUAGAAGGUACAUAAAACUGCAGGGUUCAAACACAUUUUGCUAGGAGGAGGACUUUCUGUGGGAUUAUUCCCUGUUUGCCUCCAGUGGCUCUCUGGUAACUUAUUCUGAAAUGCUGGUGCUGUCGCAGCUGAAGACACAACAUUGGGCUGGUGGAUGGUGACUGACUCUUCUCAGCUUUUCCACAUUCUAGUCUGGGUUUUAUAUGUUGCUUUCUCAGAAGCUUCAUCACAAGAAAUGUACCCCCUUAACAGAUGGGGAGAGAAGAAGAAUUUUGUGACCUAUCAGUGAGCAUUAUCUGGUUUUAUCUUACCCAUCUGGACUGCUGAGUCAAGUCCCUUGGGUAAGAAGCUGGAUGCCAACCAUUAAGCUCAGAGCUAAGGAGGCUUUGCCAAAUAAUGACCUUGAUGUUUAGGAAAUGAUAAAUAGCCGGAGAUGGUCUCCCUGCAGCCUCCAGGAUCCCCUGUUGACUGCUCUCCUCAGAGGGAAGCAGUCUGCUCUCAACUCCCUGCCUCAAGCUGCUAGCAUAGUCUUUCAAUGGGGAGAACCUUGUAGCUGGUCAUUCCAUUCUCAGCCCUAUCUUCUUGUGAACUGUGAUGGUUAUCUGUCAGUCUUUAUCUGUGAGAUGGGACUAUUUUGAUGUCCCGUGAUUUCAAAAUUGAGUUCUCGGUGCCAGCUGUUUGCUUUUUAUGUCCUCCCAAGGGUUUUAAAUGGAGGAGAGGAUAAUUUAACAAAAUAUGGCACUGAAGCUCUUGCUGAAGGGCACAUAUUUAUAGUAUGCUUGCAUUCCUUCUAUGCUUGGUUUGUAUUGUUUGUAUUUGAUGUGUGGUGGCUGAUUUGUAAUAGUGU